GACUACAAACUCCAGAAUACAUCCUUCCACUAGCGUAGAGAAAGGCCGAUUGAAGGAGCAUUGCCUUCUGGGAACUGUAGUCUUCAGCUUGUUUGUGAUGCAGGCGAAGCCCGGAGGGGAGGGGGAGUGUGAGUAAACUAUGACCACGUGACGCUCGAGAUCAGGUGGUGGGGACAGCCUCCGUGCAAGAGCUGUGAUUGGCUGACUCUAAUACGAACGACGCCACUAGGGGCGGGCGCUAGGGAGGCGCAAGCGCACUGCGUUGGGAGUCUCGGGACCCUUCUCCGAGAGACUAUGGCGCUCAACAAGAAUCACUCGGAGGGCGGCGGAGUGAUCGUCAACAACACAGAGAGCAUCCUGAUGUCUUAUGACCAUGUGGAACUUACAUUCAAUGAUAUGAAGAACGUGCCCGAGGCCUUCAAAGGGACCAAGAAAGGCACCGUCUACCUUACCCCUUACCGGGUUGUCUUUCUGUCCAAAGGAAAGGAUGCCAUGCAGUCCUUCAUGAUGCCCUUUUAUCUGAUGAAGGACUGUGAGAUCAAGCAACCUGUGUUUGGUGCGAACUACAUCAAGGGAACAGUGAAGGCUGAAGCAGGAGGUGGCUGGGAAGGCUCUGCGCCAUACAAGUUGACCUUUACGGCAGGGGGAGCCAUCGAGUUUGGACAACGGAUGCUACAGGUGGCAUCUCAAGAGUUCUAUCCAGGACCCCCCAUGAUGGACGGGGCCAUGGGAUAUGUGCAGCCCCCACCACCGCCCUAUCCUGGGCCCAUGGAACCUCCUGUCAGCGGCCCUGAUGUCCCCUCUACUCCUGCAGCUGAAGCCAAGGCGGCAGAAGCGGCUGCCAGCGCCUAUUACAACCCGGGCAACCCACACAACGUCUACAUGCCCACGACCCAGCCUCCGCCACCUCCCUACUACCCCCCGGAAGAUAAGAAGACCCAGUAGACCCCUCCCACCCCUGCUUCCCACCCCUCGUCACUCUUCCCUUCCCUUCCUCUUGGGGCUGAGACUGGGGUUCGGGGGGUGAUGGAAGGGCCUUGUUCUUCCUCCAGGUGUGAUUAUAAAACACUUCCCAAGGACUGGUGUUGAGGGAAGGGGGGGCCCCCCUGACUCGGGAGCCGUGCCUCCCAGCUUCUCAAGCUAUAGCUCAGAGCCCGCUCAGUCGGCGCCCCUCGGUCGUGCUUCCCUCUCGCCACGCCUGGGGCUCUGUUCAGGAGCAUGAGCGUCCACCUCGUUCCCGUCUUGCUCUAGUAGUUUCUCCCCACGGAGACUCUAUGGCCACCUCCUGUACCGCAGUCCAGCUCCCUCGUUUUGGAAUCCACUUUAUACUCGGCCUCGUGAACUCCCUCAGACCAGCCUCGUGUCUUCCUGAGGGCCCCUGCCAGGCCCCCCUCACAUUCCCUCCACUCUGGUCUGUGCCUAACCAUGGAAACCGGACUGUCAGCCCACAUUCCAAUCCCAGCCAGCCUCCAGCCCCGGUCACACUUUUCUUCCCCUCCCUGUCCUGUCCUCGGUCGUCUGUCAUCUGUCGCCACCGCUUUGUGACUUUCUGGAGCUUUAACGUGAGCUUCCGGGGGGUGGGCCGCCUCAGGACCAGGCCGCCGCGAUGGGGAGGGAGCCCACUGCUUCCCUCCGAGUGUUUCUGGUGUUUGUUUCCCUUUGCCUUCUCUCUUUUCUCUCUAGAAGGGGCUUCUCAGACUGGAUGCGUGUUCAUCCAUCCCAUCAUGCCAUUUGGGGGCUGCUGGGUGGGCUGGAACAAAGGCCCUGACCCCUGGGGCCUGGCCUGAACCUGUGUGCUGACCGUGACCUCUCACCAGCCCCUCACCCUGCCCUCUUCCGUUUAAGCUUCAUGCCUAAUUGGUGAUAUGCCCCCUGGAUGCACUAAAAUUUGCUCUCAUUUGCUUCUGGACUGGCCGUGAAGUGAGGAGAUGGUUAUUUAAAAAGAAUUCCCUAUUUAUUUGACAAAAAAAAAAAAAAAAAAAAGGAAAGAGAAAGACAACAACCAGUUAAUAUAUUAACAUGAAAUAAACCCUGUUUGCACCUUGAUUUGUUUGCUGAAAAUGUGAAGUAGUAAAAAUGAAGUGACUGGA